UCUGCCCAUACACAACUACAAGAAAAGAGAACACAAAUCCACAAGUAGCCAUGUCCUCUCUCUAUCUCCCCCGUAAGUCCAUAAACAAAUAUAUAUAUAUAUAUAUAUACUAUGACUAGGUGAGCUGCUUCAGCCUUGAGAGUACAAACAGCAACAGGGGAGGAGGAAGAGGAGGAGGGGCACCACCACCACAAGUACACUCAGAUUGGGGGCGCAAAGGAGAAGUAUCCCUUUUGCCUCACCACCUUCUUCCUCUUGUGCAAGCAAGAAAACAAGGGGUCUUGAACAAUGAUGGCCUGUGGGUCUCGAAGCAACGAGAUAGUGGACGAGUUCGAGAAGCUGGUCAUCAAGAUGAACCCUCCAAGGGUCACCGUGGAUAAUACCUCCGACAUGACUGCAACCUUGGUCAAGGUUGACAGCGCGAACAAGUAUGGGACCUUGCUAGAGGUUGUCCAGGUGCUGACCGAUCUGAAGCUGACCAUAAACCGGGCCUACAUUUCCUCUGAUGGGGAGUGGUUCAUGGAUGUGUUCCAUGUCGUGGAUGAGGAAGGGAAUAAGCUUUAUGACGGCCAAGUCAUCGACAGAAUUGAGCAGUCUCUCGGAGCCGGGUCGCUCAGCUUCCGCGGCACGGACCGGUGCGUCGGCGUCGAGGCGGAGGCGGAGGCGGCGCAGACGGUGAUCGAGCUGAUCGGGCGGGACCGGCCGGGCCUCCUGUCGGAGGUGUUCGCGGUGCUCACCAACCUCAACUGCAACAUCGCGGCGUCCGAGGUGUGGACGCACGACGGCCGCAUGGCGGCGCUCAUGUACGUGACGGACGCCGAGACCGGCGGCGGCAUCGAGGAGCCCGAGCGUCUGGACACGGUGAAGCGGCUGCUCCGGCACGUGCUGCGCGGCAGCAGCCGGGACAAGAAGGCCGCCCGGGCCGCCAUCUCGGCGCGUGCCGCGGCGCCGCACGCCCAGCGGCGCCUGCACCAGAUGAUGCACGCCGACCGGGGCGCCCACCGCGCCGACGGCGGCGACGGCGACGCGGCGGCCGACGACCGGAGCCUGCCGGUGGUGGUGGUGGAGGAUUGCGCCGAGAGGGGGUACACGCUGGUGAACGUGCGGUGCCGCGACCGGCCGAAGCUGCUGUUCGACACGGUGUGCACCCUCACCGACAUGCAGUACCUCGUCUUCCACGGCACCGUCAUCGCCGAGGGCUCCGAGGCCUACCAGGAGUAUUACAUCAGGCACCUCGACGACGGCGCCGCCGCCUCCGACCAAGACCGGGAGCAGCUCCGCCGCUGCCUCGAGGCCGCCAUCCAACGCCGUAACACAGAGGGGCUUGGGCUGGAGCUGUGCUGCGAGGACAGGGUGGGGCUGCUGUCGGACGUGACGCGUAUAUUCCGGGAGCACGGGCUGUCGGUCACGCACGCCGAGGUGGCGACGCGCGGGGAGCGGGCGGCCAACGUCUUCUACGUGGUGACCGCGUCGGGGAUGCCCGUGCAGGCGCAGGCCGUGGAGGCCGUCCGGGCGGAGAUCGGCGACGAGAUCCUCCUGGUCAAGGAGGACGCCGCCGCGCCCAAGUCGCCCCCGGGCCGCGACGGCGGCGGUCGCUCGCUCGGAAACAUGAUCCGGUCCCGCUCCGAGAAGUUCCUCUACAACCUCGGCCUCAUCAGGUCAUGCUCUUAGAGCGGCUGCAUGGACCUACCUACCACCUAGCUCCGGUCGAUCAGCUCAUCAGGUCAUGCUCUUAGUCUUAGAGGAGCAUGGAUGGACCUACCUACCUAGCUCAGGGUUGCAGUGCUGUAGUACGUAGCUACUAGCUAGCUAAGCUAAGUACGUAGCUAGGCUAGGGCGCGGCUCCUUUGUUAACCAUCCUUGUCAACUUCUUGGGUGAAAAGGAACGUGCAUGUUUCGUCGCCAAUCAGUAGCAGUGUAAAUAUUCUCAAUCUUGUCGUUCUUCUUCAUCAUUUGCCA